AAGUUUCUUUUGAAGGGAGAGAGUAGCAUGCAUCCUGAAUGAAUAGGCCUACGAGUCUGUUUAAAGUAUUCCACGUUCUGCAACCCAUUUCGCCACGUGCAUUGGUGCCGCCCGGCCGGGAGGUCCCCGGUGACCGUGAAGGCGCCCGGGGAUCACGAAUCCAUAACGCGCCACCAGCCCACCACCCGCCGGCCGCACUUCGCUACCGGAUCACCGCCGGAAAUGGCACACGUUUCUCACCCUGACGCGCUUAGCCGACGGACAACUGCCUUCUUCCCCCCUCCUCCCAACCCAAACCCUUUUAAAACGCACCCAGUAGUACUGAGCACUGACACGCUCGCCUUAUUAUAACCACAUCGCCUGGCGCCACUCCACACGGCACUCGCUCCAGUCUUCGGCGCCGGUCCGCGAGCAGAUCAAGAGACGAUGGCCACGGCGACUUACCUCUCCUCCUUCCCGGCAGCGCCGUCGUCGCGCACCCGCCUGCGGCGGCAGACGACCAGGGCGACCGCGUCGGCGACCGACCGUCCGCGCGAGGUGGUGUCCCCGAAGCGCCGGCUCCCGCUGCGGAAGGUGCCGGGCGACUACGGCCUGCCGGUGCUGGGCGCGAUCCGCGACCGGUUCGAGUACUUCUACGGUCCCGGCGGCCGGGACGGGUUCUUCACCUCCCGCGUGCGCGCGCACGGCUCCACCGUGGUGCGGCUCAACAUGCCGCCGGGCCCCUUCGUGGCGCGCGACCCGCGCGUGGUGGCGCUCCUCGACGCCGCCUCCUUCCCGGUGCUCUUCGACACCUCGCUCGUCGACAAGACGGACCUCUUCACGGGCACCUUCAUGCCUUCCACCGACCUCACCGGCGGCUACCGCGUGCUCUCGUACCUCGACCCCAGCGAGCCCAACCACGGGCCGCUCAAGACGCUCCUCUUCUACCUCCUGUCGCACCGGCGGCAGCACGUGAUCCCCAAGUUCCGCGAGGUGUACGGCGACCUCUUCGGCCACAUGGAGAACGAGCUGGCCAGGGUCGGCAAGGCCGACUUCGGGCACUACAACGACGCCGCCGCCUUCUCCUUCCUCUGCCAGGCGCUGCUGGGGCGCGACCCCGCCGAGUCGGCGCUCCAGGGCGACGGGCCCAAGCUGAUCACCAAGUGGGUGCUGUUCCAGCUCAGCCCGCUGCUCAGCCUGGGCCUGCCCAAGCACGUCGAGGACUCCCUGCUCCACUCGUUCCGCCUGCCGCCGGCGCUGGUCAAGAAGGACUACGACCGGCUCGCCGACUUCUUCCGCGACGCGGGCAGGAGCGUCGUCGACGAGGGCGAGCGCCUCGGCAUUGCGCGGGAGGAGGCGGUGCACAACAUCCUGUUCGCCAUGUGCUUCAACUCCUUCGGCGGCAUGAAGAUCCUGUUCCCGUCGCUCGUCAAGUGGCUGGGCCGCGCCGGCGCGCGCACGCACGGGCGGCUGGCGACGGAGGUGCGCGACGCCGUGCGCGCGCACGGCGGCGAGGUGACCAUGAAGGCGCUGGCGGAGAUGCCGCUGGUGAAGUCGGCCGUGUACGAGGCGCUGCGGAUCGAGCCCCCCGUGGCGAUGCAGUACGGGCGCGCCAAGCGGGACAUGGUGGUGGAGAGCCACGACUACGGCUUCGAGGUCCGCGAGGGGGAGAUGCUCUUCGGCUACCAGCCCAUGGCCACCAAGGACCCGCGCGUCUUCGCGCGCGCCGAGGAGUACGUGCCGGACAGGUUCCUCGGCGAGGAUGGCGCGCAGCUGCUUCGACACGUCGUCUGGUCCAACGGGCCCGAGACGGUGUCGCCCACGCUGCAGGACAAGCAGUGCGCCGGCAAGGACUUCGUCGUGCUCAUCGCGCGCCUCCUCGUCGCCGAGCUCUUCCUCCGCUACGACUCCUUCGACGUCCAGGUCGGCGCCUCCGCGCUGGGGUCGUCGGUGACCAUCACCUCGCUCAAGAAAGCCACCUUCUGAGCUCUGAAUCUCUGAUCGAUCGCCCGUCAAAGUCGCUGGAGGCGGGCACGUGCACUACCCUUUUUUUUUUCCUUUACCGUAGGAUAUACUGCGUUGUCCAUGUCUGUCUGCCCCACCCCCAAAUCCUUCCUUUUUCCUAGUGCCGUGAUACUGUGUGAUCGUCAGCUAUAACAAAAAUGUCUAUUCUUAGUAAAAUGAGAGACCAUUUUUCCUAGGGAGCUUCGGUGUCUGGAGAUUUGAUGUCAGAAAAAUUGCUAGCGAUCUAGGACGGAGGGAGACAUGAACCUGCUGUUCAUUCAUGUUGCUUAUCCAUGACGGAUCCAUCAAUGUAAAAUGGACCGAGAUAUAAAGUAGGCGUAGGUGGACAGUGAUGGCAAAGUACAAUGUUCAUCGGCUGCUAUUAAUCAGGCGGAUGGGCUUGCAAAUUAUUGGUAGUGAUUAACGCCAAACCUACCAACACUUCAUUC